UCAAUGUAUAUGUUAAUAAGUAUUGAGUUUGGUUUGUUGAUAAAUAAAAAUAAGUGAUUUUACUGUUAAAUAAGUGCUUAUUUUGUGAAUAAAAUAAUUAAAAAAUAUACACUAGUGCGUAGUGAUAUUGUGUACAUCAAAAAAAGAUAUAUUAUAUAAAAUUGAGAAUAUGGAUACAAGAAGAAAGCGGGGUCGACCUACUCUUGCAGCCUUAAAUUCUGCAAACAUAACUACAACUAAUAGGCGUGUUACUCGUGGAUCACCUUCGAGGCGUGCAUCUCCUACUCGUGCUCGCAUUUCCCCGUUGCUCAAACCUCGGUCUCCUGUACGCCGCUCAUCAAGACCAAGGUCAACAGUUUUAGGCUCCUCUGCUGUCACUUCGACAGUCAUUGUUUCGCCUACAAUUGAAGAAGAGACUCAAACGAUUUUUAAAGAGGAGACAACUACAACUAUAUCUCGAGUUGUCGAUAGUACAGAAGUUUCAAAUAAUAAGAAAUCCCUAGUAUCUACAUCUUCCGUGCACAGUUCUACUUCACAAGAAACGAUUGAAAUACGUUCUGGUAGCAUACCCAGUGAAUCGAACAUAAAUAAGAUAACUAAUUUAUUACGGCGCUCAGUAUCAAAAUCUAUUAGCAAUGCUGGAAAUCCAAGUCGUGAAGCUACGCGUACCCCAACAUUUACAAAUACAGAAGAUGGUAGUCGUUACAGUCGUUCGAUAUCGCGUUCCAUUUACGAGGAUGAAGAAUCAAAAGCAGAAUUUUCAGAUAAUGAAGAUGAGAAGGUAGUGACUGAGCCGAUUAAAAUUUAUACUGCGUCGAGUACAAUAUCUCCCAAAUGUCGUAUUUUAAAUGCACCCAGAGAGUUUGGCGGUUGGAUUGGUGUAUUAUUAUUAAUGUUAACUGUACCGGCAUUGGUAGUUUAUUUAGUUUGGACUUGUAUGAAGACGUGUACUUUUAAAACAAUCGGUUUUAAAAACUUGGAAGACUUAAAUUAUGUGCUCAAAGAUUUCUUUGCUUGGAAAGCUGUGUACGCGUACUUAAUAUACUUCUUCACAAUGUUUAUAUUGUCUGCUUCGCUAUUUGGCAGAAAAGUACGUUUAUCAGUUGAACGUGGUAGUACCGUACAUCAUUUUAAUUUACUACCAGUAGCAAUUGUAAUCAAUAUUGUAGCUGCUUUCUUGGAAUACCAGAAAUAUGCUGUAGUAGAUUUCAUUUUGGACCACUACUUAGAAUUCUUAGUAUAUGGAAUCGUGCAUGCAUUUAUUAGUGCAUUUUGGAGUUAUUUGAGUGCAUCAAAAGACGCAAAUCCUCGUAUACAAAUGAAUGCUUAUGGCAAAACUGGUAAUUGUUUAAUUGAUUAUGCUCAAGGACGUGAGGUUAAUCCAAAAUGUUUUGGUGUAAUUGACCUAAAGCAAGUUUAUUACAGAAUGUCUGUAAUCACUACUUUACUUUACGUUGAAUGCUUUCUAUAUAAGAGCAUUACGCUCCCUUCAUAUCCUGGGCACAUUGAUGACUGGUGGAAAAUAAUAGAUUAUUAUUUAAUAAAAUUGUCUUUAAAUCCGGUUUCUUUGUUAACGUGUGCUUUGAUAUUAAUAUACCUACUGGAUAAUAUUAUUUUCGAACAUCAUUUGGCGUCAUCGUUCGAAUUGCAGGGUGAAGGCUUUGGCUGUUUACUUCUACUACGUUACGCUACCACACCUUAUUUGCUUACGGCUGUUUCUAAAUAUUUCUCGGGUCAACAACUGAAAAUUGUUUGUACAUGGUCACCAUAUGUUGCAUUGUGUGUGCUUAUAUCUGGAGUAAUAUUGAAACGUUUGAGCAAUGCGUACAAGUAUAAGUACAGAGUAGAACCUACUAACAAUAUAUUUUAUGGUGUAGAUACCAUACAUACUUUUCAGGGUAGUCGUUUGUUGUUAGGCAAAUUGUGGGGAACUUUACGCCAACCUAAUUAUACAGGUGAGAUAUUGGCUUUGAUCGGUUUGGCUUUACCGAUUUUUAUGAAUUUUAAGUGGCCACCAUUAAUAUGCGUAUUGCUAUUAAUUGUACAACUGAUACACCGAACUAAGCGUGUGCAUUCACGUAAUGCAGCUCGUUAUCAUUCAUCAUGGGUACGUUACUGUUGUCAGGUGCGAAAUGUACUUGUGCCGCGAGUUUAUUAAUCGAUGGAAUAGGACCUUUUAAAAAUUUAUUUUUAAGAAUAGAAAGUAAGUACUAGAAAUUAUAUUUUUAAGAAUUAGGCAUAUUCAUUCGAAAGACUUAUUAGUUUUUUCUAUAACAAAUUAAUAGUUAAGUUAUAAAUUGAAAUUUAUAAAACUAUUUUUAGUUUUCUAUAUAACAGACUACAUGUUUUUAAAGACUAUAUGUUGUGCACUUGAUUAAAUGUUGCUUGUUUAUUUUCUAUGUCAUUUUGUGUAAGUAAGCAUUACU